CUGUUGGCGGUGGCGUUUCCCGGUGACCGAAGGCGGGUACCGAAGCUAUGGGCAGCCGGGAGGUGCUGGGUCAAGCGGCCCGCCUGGCCUCCUCCGGUCUGCUCCUGCAGGUGUUGUUUCGAUUGAUCACCUUUGUCUUGAAUGCAUUUAUUCUUCGCUUCCUAUCAAAGGAAAUCGUUGGCAUAGUGAAUGUCAGGCUAACACUGCUUUACUCAACCACCAUCUUCCUGGCCAGAGAGGCCUUCCGUAGAGCAUGUCUGAGUGGGGGCACCCAGCAAGACUGGAGCCAGACCUUCAACCUCUUGUGGCUAACAGUCCCCCUGGGUGUGUUUUGGUCCUUGCUCCUGGGCUGGGUGUGGUUACAGUUGCUUGAAGUGCCUGAUCCUAAUGUCGUCCCCCACUAUGGAACUGGAGUGGUGGUGUUUGGCCUUUCGGCCGUGGUAGAGCUUCUGGGAGAGCCCUUCUGGGUCUUGGCACAAGCACAGAUGUUUGUCAAACUCAAGGUGAUUGCCGAGAGCCUGUCAGUCAUCCUCAAGAGUGUCCUGAUAGCUUUUUUUGUGCUAUGGCUGCCUCACUGGGGGCUCUACAUUUUCUCUUUGGCCCAGCUUUUGUAUACUGCAGUUCUGGUGCUCUGCUAUGUUAUUUAUUUCACAAAGUUAUUGGGCUCCUCAGAAUCGACCAAGCAACAGACUCUUCCCGUCUCCAGAAUAACAGAUCUCUUACCCAAUAUUACAAGAAGUAGAGCUUUCGUAAAUUGGAAAGAGGCUAAAUUGACUUGGAGUUUUUUCAAACAGUCUUUCUUGAAGCAGAUUUUGACAGAAGGCGAGCGCUACGUAAUGACGUUUUUGAAUGUGUUAAAUUUUGGCGAUCAGGGUGUAUAUGAUAUAGUGAAUAAUCUUGGCUCUCUUGUGGCCAGGUUAAUUUUCCAGCCAAUAGAGGAGAGCUUUUAUAUAUUCUUCGCUAAGGUGCUGGAGAGAGGAAAGGAUGCCACACUCCAGAAGCAGGAGGACGUUGCCAUGGCCGCUGCGGUUUUGGAGUCGCUGCUCAGGCUGGCCCUGCUGACCGGCCUGACCAUCACCAUUUUUGGCUUUGCCUAUUCUCAGCUGGCUUUGGAUAUCUAUGGAGGGGCCAUGCUUAGCUCUGGAUCAGGUCCUGUUUUGCUGCGUUCCUACUGUCUCUACGUCCUCCUGCUUGCCAUCAACGGAGUGACCGAGUGUUUCACAUUUGCUGCCAUGAGCAAAGAGGAGGUCGACAGGUACAAUUUCACAAUGCUGGCCCUCUCGUCUUCAUUCCUGGCGUUAUCCUACGUCCUGACCCGAUGGUGCGGCAGCGUGGGCUUCAUCUUGGCCAACUGCUUUAACAUGGGCAUUCGCAUCACACAGAGCCUUUGCUUCAUCCACCGCUACUACAAGAGGAGCCCGCACAGGCCCCUGGCGGGCCUGUACCUAUCACCCGUCCUCCUCGGGGCUUUCGCCCUCAGUGGCGGGAUUACUGGCGUUUCCGAGGUGUUCCUCUGCUGUGAGCAGGGCUGGCCAGCCAGGCUGGCACAUGUCACCGUGGGGACCUUCUGUUUGGGAAUGACUCUUGGGACAGCGUUCCUCACGGAGACCAAGCUGAUCCGUUUUGUGAGGACUCAGUUAGGUGUGUCCAGACUGGCUGACAAAACCUCGUGACCUCGGAGGCAUUGACACCUGUGGCAUGUGGACCAGCUGUGGGGCAGUUUUGUGGGCGGAACGCAAUAGCUGUGCAGGAGAGCCCUGCUGAGGGGUCUGCAGCGGGGGAGGACCGACCCCGGCGGGCGAGAUGUCGGAGAGCACCGCCGGACCAAACACCAUCCGUUUGAAGCCUCAAACAGGGAGGAAGAGUCCCACUUUAAGGGAAGACCAAAAGCUCUUUUAAAAUAGAUAUCUUAUUUUUGUCACCA